AUGGGAAGUUUGUCCGCCUUGUCUCCCAUACCGGAAAUUCGGGCGCUGCGAGGAGGAUUUGAUGUAUGGCCUGACAUGUUUCAAAACUAUUCAGCAUUUACUGACGUCUCCAAGGGUUUCAAACUAAUAUCACUCGAAAUCCCAAGUGGUCCCGAACCACGUGCUGCACUUCGAGAUGUAUUCCCCUGGCUUCCAGAUAUACCCCAGAGCAAUCUGAAUUUACAUGAGAAUUCAUUUCCGGGCCAAGUCUCUAAAAAUUGCAUACAGAAAGGCACAUUGCAUUGUUACACUUUGGAGGUUCAAGGGGUGUUAACCUUGACAAGAUCUGUCUGGGACGUCCACGCCACACUGACGGGGAUUGAGAUACAGUGUGACGGCCCGGCGGAUGGAGCCAUCACUCAUUCCAUGGGGCAUUGUGGCACCUACAAUGCCACAAUAAGUCCAUUGAUAUCCCCAGAGACUAAGGUCACAGAAAAGAAGACAACUUUCAUGAUCGACAGCGCAGGCGGCGAGCGGAUUGUCAGAGUUGAGUUUGGCGAUAUUAAGGGGAGGGCCAAUGGAACAGAGCUUUGGUUUCUUGUUCAUACGAAUCGCGGCAGGUCAAUGUCCUUUCCAAGAGAUAAGCCUGUCCCUGACAAACGGGCAAUGAUUUUUGGGGAUGAUUCGAGAACUAUUACUGGCUUUUAUUCAGUUGAGUUUGACAUUUCUGUUACCUACCACCCGUUCCCUUUCAUCGUCCCUCUUUUCAUUUGA